AUGUUCUGGGGGUCCGCCCUUCAAAAGCGGACCCCACCACUCCGAGCGCCUCUUCAGAGGAUUACGAGGGGUUUCAACAAUUGUCUGCACAACGCCUUUGCGAGAAUCGGGUUCUCGAUCGGAUCUCAUCCUGUGCUUUUCUUUCUCCUUUUUCUCAUUCUUCUCUCAUUCUCGGCGGGCAUCUUUCGAUUGCGAUUCUCGACGAAAUUACAGUACGGGUUUAUUUCGACGCGAGCUCGAGCGAUAGCCGAGCAACGGGUGCACGAUGAAUUCCACGGGCACAACAAUGAUCACUUUCAACAUUUCAUUGUGUCGAUUCAGAGGAGAGAUCACGGGAAUCUACUGAAUGUCAACGAUUUGAAUACAGUUUUGGAGAUCGAAGAAUUCAUCUCAAAAACGUUUUCCGUUUUCCACAAUGGUCAUGAGUUUGUGCACAAAGAUUUAUGUCGAGAUCGAUGUCAAUCGAAUCAAUUGCUCUACAUGUUCAAGAAAAUCAUUGACGAGGUCGAGACGGAAAAUGUUUUAAUCGAUCAUCCAAAGAGUCGAUACAAUGAUGCAAAGUUCUUGGUCGCCCACCAUUUGCACGGAGUUCGCAGAAAAGAUGAAGAGGAGCUAAUCCCGUACAAUACCCCGCUGAUGCGAUCAAAUAAAACGAAGCUGUCGAAAAUCGAAAUGAUCAGUCUCUAUUACGAGGCUCCACUCGAAUCCCCGGAUGCCCUGUCAAUCAUUACCGAAUGGGAGACGGGCCUCAUGAAAUGGUCACAGAUACAGAGUGAUUUCCCCGAUUUCUCGAUCGAUGUCAUGGGAGAUAAGGCAUUGGGCCAAGAGAUGCAACGUGGUGGAAUGACCCUCAUCCCCCAUAUGGCCAUCGGUUUCAUGCUCACUCUAAUCUUUGUCACCAUCACUGUCACCAAAAAGAUCAACGCUGGGAUCAAGGAUGUGAUUCCUGUAACGAUCAUUGUCAUCGGUGUGCUCUUGGCUCCAAUCGGUGCCGUUCUUUUCACUUUUGGGAUCACUGGAUGGUUGUACAUUGAGAUUUACCCAAUUCUCAUCGUUCUACCAACUCUUGUCAUAUCUAUCGGCGUUGAUGACGCUUUCUUGGCGCUUCAUUGUUGGAGUAACUCGAUGUUGGAGUUGGAUAAGAUGAAACAAGAGAAUCACUUGGAAGCGAUUCCAGCAUUGUUAUCAAAGGUCCUCGUCGAAGUGGGUCCCUCAAUGUUGCUCACCUCGUUGACCAACUGCAUGGCUUUUGCCGUCGGCGCCUUCUUCGCACCACCAGCAAUUCAGGUCUUCUCGAUUGUGGCCGCCAUUGCCAUGCUUGCCGAUUUCGUCUUCGAGAUCGUCUGUUUCUGCAGUCUUCUCGCGUUGUCGGGUCGUUUCUAUAAAUCUGGUUCUCUUGCCCAAAGCCGACCAACAAAGCUUUUUUCGAAUCUGAUGUUCCGAUAUUCAAGAAUCAUCACGAAAAGACCCGUUCAAUUCGUCAUUAUGAGCGUGACAGCUAUGUUCUUUGCAUUCAGUGUUUAUGGAGCCUUCUCAAUGACUACUCAAAUCAACUCGACUCGAAUCAUUCCCAGCGAUUCACCAUUACAAAAAGCUGAUGGCUUGUUGAGGAAAUACAUUUGGGCGGAAUUUGAGCCAGCUCUCGUUUAUGUGAACUCACCGCCAAAUAUUGCCGACGAGAAAGGAUAUCACGCCUUCAAAACGAUGGUUGAAGAGUUCGAGGCACUGCCGAGAUGCAUUGGGGCAAAUGCGACGAUGCUUUGGUUGAACGAUUAUGAAUUGGCGAUGAGCAAGGUUGCUGAACUUUUCUCAACAUUGGGACUCAAAUACUUUCUCGACUAUCAAGAGUUGCCAUAUUUCAUGAAAGAGAUCGGCGGAGCGUGGAAUUCGUCAGUGAAAUGGCACCUAAAAAAUGCUUUCCCAGUGGUUGAUGCUUUUGUUUUCUACAUCGGUUUUCACAAUGCGACUACCUGGAAUCAAAGAGCUGAAAAUAUGAAUAACUGGAGAGCCGUAGCUGAUCGCUGGAAGCAAUUCAAUGUGACUGUCUUCUCAGAAAACUCGGCUGUUUAUGAUGGGAUAUUCAAUAUGGGUCCAACCACCUAUCAAACAGCGGCUUUCACCCUUGCUAGUAUGGUGAUCGUUUGUCUUUUCUUUGUCCCAUCAUUCAUUGGAGUCUGUUCUGCGGCGUUUGCUAUUUCGAGCAUAAGUAUUGGCGUUUUCGGUGGACUUUCAUGGCUGGGUUUUGAUCUGGAUCCGAUCACAAUGGUGGCCAUCGUGAUGUCGAUCGGGUUUUCCGUUGACUACACAGCUCAUAUCUGCUAUCAUUUUCAUAGAGCACACUCAACGUUGCCACCUCGAUCACUCCCAGCUGACUAUGUCUAUUCGGCGAUCAAUUCGGUGGGGAUUCCGAUGUUGCAAGCAGCCGCCUCAACAGUCAUUUGCUUCAUCCCGGUCACCGUUCAUCCCGAUUACACCCCGGAGGUGUUUGUGACAACGAUCAUUGUGGUCGUUUUACUGGGUUUAUUGCACGGAUUCGUCAUUCUUCCAUCAAUGUUGGCGCUGAUACCAAAUCAUUUCUUCGACUCAAAUCCAGAAACCCGUCGAAACACGGUUCCAAUGGUUGAAGAGAAAGAUGACUCAAAUAUCAUUGUCAAUUCGCCAAACAAAACGGGAGUCCCUUUACUGCCAGAAAUU